CGAGUCUUCUCUCCCAUAAAUGAUAUUAUGCGCAGCGGCUUCAAAGCGACUUUGAUAUUUUGACAAAAAGUUUAUCCCUGUGUCGUAUAAGUGCUGCAUCACACAUCAAGUGCUUUCUGCGAAGUUUAUUUGGAACAUAUGGCAAAAAAAAUAUCACCAUGUCGGAUAAACCAUCGACCUCAAGUCAUUCAAGUAGAAGAUCUGUGAAAAAUUUGAAUAACAUUGAUUUGAUCGGCAACACUGCGCAUCAGAUCACGGGCGCCAAACUUCCGUGCAUCAAACAAGUGUUACAAGUGAUGUUCCAUAAUAUGCGAUUUGUUGGACUUACUGCAAAAGACAGUGCAAAAUUGACCAUAAGUGCAGCUGUAAUAUUUUGGCAACAAGCUCGCAUUCCAAUUAUUAAUGAUGAUAAGUGUGUGAAAAAGCUGAUGAAAGUUUACGACCAAUGGAAAAACAUACAAAGAACUGUCCCAGAUAAAAGGUCAAAUGCACAAAAGCAAGUUGCCGAACAAUUUACUCAAAAUCUUGAUGAUUUGUUUGAUAUUGCCAUCGGUGAUGCGUUGGAAAAAAUUCGAAUUGAAGAGGACAGAGAAUUUUUAAAAUUGCAAAGACAAAAAGGUCGUCCAGGCUGCAUGGUUGGUGUCGAUAUGAAGUUAUAUGGGCGAGAAAAACGUACGCAAGAACGACAAGAAAAAGAAGAAGCGCGUAAAAGAAAACGCGAGGAAGAGAUGGCUAGACCUUCAGAUGUCGUGAAUUGUGAUGAUGAAGAUGCUGAAAUGCCAUUUUGUGAAACGAUUGAUGAAGAAAAUGAACCGAUUGACGAUGACUGGGCACCAGAGAAAGUAGCUGGUAACGCAACAUCCGCCAAAAAAAGAGGCCGAAAAGAAUUCAACACAGCAAGAUUGGCUGCUGCACUUGAUAAUGCUAAAGUUUCGGAUGGUAUGGCCGUGCAUAUCCCCAUUGCAGCUGCUGAAGCAUUUGGAAUACGGGCUGAAGAGUUAGCUAUCAACCGUUCAACUAUUCAUCGCGCUCGCCUGGAACAUCGAUUGGAAGAUACAAAAGAUGUGAUGGCUCGGUUUCCCGACAACAUAAAUACCGUUGGAUCAUUAGUUGUUCAUUGGGAUGGCAAACUACUACAAGAUUUGAUUGGUAGACUCAAAGUUGAGCGCAUAGCAGUUCUUGUGAGCUACAAUGGGACAUCCAAGUUCCUCGGAGCACCGAAAAUUGAAUCGUCAAGUGGAGAACACAUUGCUGCUGCGGUUCACGAGACAUUAGUUAAAUGGAACAUUGCGGAGUACGUGCAAGGCAAAUGUUUUGACACAACUUCAAGUAAUACCGGCACAGAAAAAGGAGCUAGUGUACUCUUGGAAAAGAAACUAAAGCGUCAGUUGUUAGAUUUAUCGUGUCGACAUCAUGUUUACGAGAUUCUUCUGUCGAGCGUUUUUGAGGUCAAAUUAUCACCUAGCUCGGCACCAGAAGUUCUAAUUUUUGAAAGAUUUGCCAAGUCUUGGACAAGUUACGAUUUGGAUUCGUUUUGCAGUGGUCUCAACGAAAAAAUGGUUCUUUUGCAAAUUGAUCAAGUUGAACAAGAGAACAUCAAAAAAUUUUGUUUUGAUCAGUUGACAAAGAAUCAAAUUCGAGACGAUUAUAAAGAGUUUCUCGAAUUGGUUCUUACAUUUCUUGGAGCAGGACCGUUCAACUUCCGUACACCAGGACCAACGAGUAACGCUCGAUGGAUGGCAAAAGCUAUUUAUUGCUUGAAGAUUUUCUUAUUUCGACAACAAUUUCAGCUUACAAAAAGAGAAGCGAAUGGUUUGCGCGAUAUUUGCAUUUUUCUCAUCAAACUUUAUAUCAAGCCAUGGUUCAGAUGUACGAAUGCUAUAGCUGCUCCUCUCCAAGAUUUGAACUUCGUUAAGGCUGCUGUUCAAUACGAUCAAACUGAUUCUGCAAUCUCAAAGGCAGUUACAAAAAAAUUGACUCAUCAUUUAUGGUAUUUGUCGGAAGAAUUGGUAGCCCUAGCCUUCUUCGAUUCAGAUGUGUCUCACGAAGAGAAACGCCAAAUGGUUGAAAAAUUACAAUCCAAAGAGCCAGUUGUGAAAUUAAAAAACGGUCGAACAUAUACUAAUUUAUCAACAUUUGAAAAUUACACUUUGAAAGAUUUCGUUUCAGAAAAUACGAAGAAAUUUUUCAACCGCUUUGGUUUGUCAACAACGUUUUUAGAGUUUGACCCAUCGACUUGGGAAACGGCAUUUGAUUACGAAGAAGGUUGGACUUUUUGUCAAAAUUUGUUUGUUGUUAAUGAUACAGCUGAAAGAGGCAUCAAAUUUAUAAAAGAUUUUAACAGAAUUUUGACGAACGACGAAGAAGAACUCCAAUUAGUGUUGCAGUUUGUGCAAUCAUAUCGCGAAAAAUUCCGUUCCUAUAAGAAAUCUGACUUGACACUCUGAACUUUAGUGAGUUUAUUUAACACCCUUACUAGAAAAUGUAAAAAAAAGCAACAACCAUGAGCAAAAAAAUACAGAAUAAAGUAAAAAAGUGAAAAAAUCGUCUUUUUUACACCUAUUAGUGGAUCUUUCAGAUAUAAGCGAUUUCCGGGUCCAUCAAAUGAAGCCCGAUCGGCUUCAAACUUUGCAGUUAUUUUUUUUACACCAAAAGGAAAAAAAUUAGACCCGGUGAACGAUGAUCUAGUAACUUUCCCAAAAUAAGGACACCCCUAAUGUGUAUAGCUAUAUAAGUACCUAUAUUUUAUUGAAUAUAUUGCAUAUAAUAAAUAUUAUAAACCAACACGAUCCAAUUUGUUAGAAUCGAAUUGAUCAAUCAGUUUUCAAGUUAUCGCGGUCACGUUUCUAUUAGACAGACUGUACACAGGUCAUGAUGGUGUUACACACACCAAAAUGAAUUUUUGUCGGUCCGUAUGGAGUUUGUAAUUUACGAGGGCGGGUAAAUAAGUCCGUGACUUUUUGUAUUUCUGACCUCUUUACUGAAAAAGAAA